AUGUAUGCCAAACCUUCGCUAUCUAUGAUGGCCUUUGCCGCCAUCUUUGCGUGUGCAUUCGCAAAGGACACACGUACCUUCGCUGUGAACCACUUCUAUGGCAAUGGUGCUUUAUCAAUGGGACGAAUGGACCCGAUCAUGAACCCAGGAACCGCAGCAACACACUCGCACGCAAUCCAGGGCGGGAGCAACUUCAAUCUGACCAUGACCGACGAUGCCCUCAUGUACUCAAACUGCACCUCCUCUCUAGUCGACGCCGACAAAAGCAACUAUUGGACCCCAUCCCUGUACUUCCAACACUCCAACGGAAGCUUCCUCUCAGUUCCCAUGUUCUACAUGAACGUCUAUUACUUCUUCGAGCCAACCGAUGACGAAAUCAAGCCCUUCCCCGUCGGCCUGCGCAUGUUCAUCGGCAACGCAUCCCUCCGAACCCCACCCCAAGGCGGCGCCGCCAACGUCCUAGACACAAACCAAGGACCCAUCCAGCCUGUGCAAUGGACAUGUCCGCGCUCUUCCUACGACAUCCCUUCCUACCCAUCAGACUCGGAUGGUAUGCACGGCGUCGGCAUCCAGGACCCUAACAAUGCUGGUGCAGGCGCUGGGUUCCCGCAUAUGAACUGCGACGGAUAUGCGUCGCCUCUGCGUGCUGAUAUUCACUUCCCCUCUUGCUACAACCCCAAGGCUGGCCUCCACGCCCAUGAGACUAACAUGGUCUUCCCGAGUAGCAAGGGCACAACUGGUGGCAAGGCGAACUGUCCACCUGGCUGGAUUCACGUUCCUCAUAUCUUCUAUGAGGUGUACUGGAAUACCCCUCUGUUUGAGGGAAUGUGGACUGAGGGAACUGGCUCGCAGCCCUUUAUUCUUAGCAACGGGGAUCGCACUGGAUAUUCGCUUCAUGGUGACUUUAUCGCUGGCUGGGAUGAGGAGGUUUUGCAGAGAAUUAUUGAUAACUGCAAUACCGGGGAUCUGGGUAUGGAUAAGUGCAGUGAUGCGGGGUUCAUCAACGAUGCCUCGACCUCCUGCAAUAUUCCAAAUCUGGUGCCUGAGAAGAUCGAUGGUGUGUUGAAGAAGUUGCCCGGUGAUAAUACGCCCACAGGUUGGGGUCAGGGUGUGGAGGAGACUGCGAAACAGCGAGCGAAGAAACAGAGACACUUCCGUGGACAUGUACACGGAACACAUGUCUAA